AGUCAGCAUAAGAAGAGGUACCCAACAGCCAAGAUAUGAACUGGCACCAGAGCACCACCAUUCAGUUGAGUGGACUAAUUGUCUCCCUCUUUGGUUGGGUCUUGUCAUGUGUUACGACUUACGUGCCUCUCUGGAAGAGCCUCAACUUGGAAUUAAAUGACCUUGAAGUCUGGAAUCUGGGACUUUGGCAGACCUGCGUCAGUCAGGCAAUCACGCAGUGUGAGAACUACGCUUCUCUUCUGGCCCUGCCUUUGGAGAUCAAGAUUUCCAGGGUGCUUAUGGUUACUUCCAACGGACUGGGCUUCCUCGCCUUCUCCUUGGCCCUUUUGGGAUCAAACUGCCUGAAGACAAGUGACCCAAGACAGAAAAGACACUUUGGGAUUACAGGCGGGAUUCUCUUCUGUAUCUCUGGAAUAACAACUCUUGUUCCCAUCUCCUGGUUUGCCUACAACACGGUGCAAGACUUUUGGGAUCAAACCGUACCAAAUGUUGUCCCGAGGUGGGAAUUUGGCGAAGCGCUUUUCCUGGGCUGGUUUGCUGCAUUUUUCCUCCUGUUAGGUGGCUGCCUUGUAAUCAGUGCUGCCUGUUUCCUAAAGACCCCGAAGGCAUCUAAGAGGCCGGCCAUCCACCAUAAAGCAGAGAUAGCCACACUCGCCAUCCGGCACCCACACUCAUCACCUAAAAAUGCAGACCUUGUCAUCUGAUGCACCUUCCUGAGUGUCUAGAUCUCACCUGGAAUGGGAUGAUAUAUCAACAUGUGGAAUAUUAAAGAGCUGUGAUUUAGAUUUCUGCAAAGGAUGGCUGGGCAAAUCACAUUGACAAGGGGACAACCUAGCAUUCUAUUGUGUCGUGUAGCUUUUUGUCCAUAAUUGCAAAUAAGGAAUGUAUUGAGUAUGUACUGUUUGAGGGUACUCGAGCCUGUAUCUGCUCUGAUGUAGAAGACAAUGCUUUCUUCUCCUCCCUGCCCCCACAUUUAAUCUUUUGGAGAAGAAUGAGGUAAAAACAUUCUGUUUACUGAUGGAAGGAAUGUUGGUCAAGGAGGAUAGAAUGUCUGCAAAAUAAAGGUCCAUUCAACAAGCAUUGUAAGGCUUUAAAAAAGCAAUUAAGGGCUUACAAGAAAUUGGAACUCUUCUACUUUGCAUAAGAGACAGAUCAGUAAUCUUGAGUGGAGACUUUGGGAUAUCCUGUUUCAGAAGAGGGUAGAAGGAAGCAGUCCAUAAAUCUAGGCAUUAGGGAGCUUCCAGGGAUGAAUUCAGGAGCGAGCCUUGUUUGGUUCAGUGAACUUUCCUUUCAAAUUUGAUGCCUUCUUAAGGCAACCUGUCAUCAACAGGAGACACAACAGCUGGAUUGUUGUGCCACCAUUUUCUAUAGAAAGGUCAUGUAGGAAGAGUUAUCAACUUCAAAACAGUUCUAGAUUCAGCCUUCUGCAAUCAGAGGCAUGCACUGGCACUUUGAAGAUUACAGCCAGAGGUGAUGAAGCAAUUUAUUUAUUCCCCAAAUCUAAGGAAAUUAAGAGGUUGUUGGGUUUUGUAUGUGAAAUAACUGCAAGAGGCAGGCCUUAAGUCUUCAAAAUUAUUGCUGAAAGUUAAGAGAAGAUGACACUGUAUUUUUCAGGGAUAGAAAAAACUACAAAUAUCUUUAGGGUAAUAUUUAUUGCACUUUGAAACCAGAAAUCUCAUCAGAUUUGUAUUUUCAUCUCAAUUUGUUAGCGUUCUAAUAAAACAGGUUGCUUUAAAAGAUCUUGAGGAAAAAUAUAACCAUUAAAAGUGUGACUUAUUCAA